GGGGCCAUUUUCUGCGGAACGAUCGCGGUAGGGUCGAAGGCUGUAUGAGGGUGAUCUCACACGAUGCUUUCGGGCGCGAAGCAUAGCUGAUAGUGGACAAUGUAUCAUCUGUUCAAGUCCAUCUACCUCCAUGCUACCAGCAAGGAAGAGUAUUCGGUCCUCCUGCUUGGCCUGGACAACGCCGGGAAGACCACCUUACUAGAACAGAUUAAAGCAAUAUACAGCCCAGAUCAUCACCCAAACCUCAACACGGUACCGACUGUGGGUCAAAAUGUCAGCUUGAUAGAUUUACCGGACUGCUACCUCCGUAUCUGGGACGUUGGCGGGCAGCACAGUUUGAGGGGACUGUGGCAAAGCUACUACGGCAGUGCGCACGCCAUAGUCUUUGUCGUUGACAGUAGUGAUGUUGGCGAUGCUGAUAUUGAGCGGCUUGGUAAGGACGGUGGCAGCUUAGAGCACGAAGGGCGCUUGGGAGAGUGCAAGCUUGUGCUUGAAGAUGUGUUGCAGAAUGAGGAGACGGAGGGUGUGCCCGUGCUUGUGCUGGCGAACAAGCAGGACAGAGAGGACUGUGUGGAGGUGGUGCGGAUCAAGGAAGGUUUAGUGAGGAAGGUGUUUGAGGGCGAGAAGGGCACGAAUGUCAGAGAUAGCAGAGUGCUCCCGCUCAGUGCAUUGACGGGAACAGGAGUGAAGGAGGCGGUGGAGUGGUUGUGUAGUCGUGUCAAGUGGAACAAGGAGGCUAGACCGCCAGUCAUGAGGUGAGGUACGUGAGGUCUUUUGCACGCUGGAGACAGCCAGCAACGAUCGUCGGGUGGAUCAUCCCUCAGAGCGCCUCUCAACUUGGCAUAUUGUGCAGGUGUUUCCCCUGGACCACUGAAGACCUUCAGGAUUGCUUUUGGAGAAGGCUUCCAUACCCUUUUGCACGACCACAAAGGGCGAGCAAACAACCUGUCAGGCCGCCAAUCACGAAGACUUUGCGGCAGUCACCUGCAAGAUGAUAUACUUUUUGUUGCGCGCAAAAUUCUCGCCGAGCAACCGCGCAGUAAAGUCCUGAA